AUAAGUCUACAUCUGGCAAAAAAAAAGGAAAACAUAUUCUAAGGAGUGGCGACUCACCUAAGUUAUCUGAGUCUGAGAAUAUCAGUGUAACAGAAGAGUCAGAUUCUAAUAAGUCUAGUGAGGCAUCCAGCUCAGAAAUUUCAUCAGAAACUACCGACCUGAAUGAAUUUGAGAAUUCAGGCAAACAAAAAGGAAAAGGCAUCCAAU